AUGACACACCCAUACGACCCCCCAAUCCAAUCCCUAACAACCUACCUCUACAACCACACUAUCACCAAUCCAACAGCCUACACCUCAGCCCGCACCGCCCUGCUCGAUGCACUAGGCUGCGCAAUCGAGACAGCCUCGAAAAGCACCGAAGCGCAGAAAUUCCUCGGUCCGCAGGUCUCAGGCACAAUCGUUCCCGACGGGUUCAGGGUGCCGGGUACGAGAUACCAAUUGGAUCCGGUGAAGGGGGCGUUCGACUUUGGUGUUCUGAUAAGGUACUUGGAUCAUAAUGAUGCGCUUGGGGAUAAUCUAGCCUCCAUCCUGUCUGUGACAGACUGGCUCUGUCGAACCGACGAAACAACCCACCAAGGCCCCCCUUUGACAAUGCACACCCUCCUCACGGCCCUCAUAAAAGCCUACGAAAUCCAAGGCAUCUACGCGCAAAGCAACGCCUUCAACACCCACGGCACGGACCAUGUCAUCCUCGUCAAGCUUGCAUCUGCAGCCGUCGUCUCCUGGCUCCUGGGCCUAACCGAGUCCCAAGCCAUGGCUACCAUUUCCCACGUCUGGAUGGACGGCCAUCCGAGCCGGAUCUACCGCAGCGCGGAGAAUACAGUCCCGCGGAAAGGAUGGGCCGCAGGGGAUGCGUGCAUGCGGGCGGUGCAUUUGGCAUUGCUGGUUAGAGCUGGGCAAGUUGGUGUUCCUUCUGUCUUGACUGCGGUGCCGUGGGGAUUUUAUCAGCGGGAUUUUGGGGGCAGGGAGUUCGCGUUCACCAGGGAGUUUGGGGAUUGGACGGUUAGGAAUGUUUUGUAUAAGGUUAUGCCGGUUGAGGGGCAUGGGAUUGCGGCUGUUGAGGCGGCUCUGGUUCAGCGGGGACGGCUUCUGGAGAUGGGGCAUAGUGUGGGUGACGUGGAAAGGAUUGAGAUCAGGACGACUAGGGCGGCGGAUCUUAUUAUUAACAAACGGGGACCGUUGGGGAAUGCGGCCGAUAGGGACCAUUGUAUGCAGUUUGUUGUUGGUUUGGCGCUGCUGAAGGGGGGCGUGCCUGAGGUGGGGGAUUAUCUGGAUGAGAGUUGCUGGGCGAAGAGUGAGGAGUUGGAGAGCUUGCGGGAGAGGGUGGUUGUUGUGCCGGAUGAUGGGUUGACAGCUGAUUAUCUGGAUCUGGAGAAGAAGAGUAUUGGGUCGGGUUUGAAGGUGUGUUUAUAUGAUGGUACUGUUCUACCGGAGGUGCUGGUGGAGUAUCCAAUUGGCCAUGUCAGGAAUCCCGGAACUUCUGCUGCUGUACAGGAUAAAUUUGUGAGAAACAUGCGUUUGAUGUUCUCGGAUGCACAUAUCGCUAGAAUUCUGGCUGCUGUUGAAGACGACGGGAUGGAUAUCUCGGAGUUUGUCAAUUUGUUCUGGCGCCAAGGGCCGUCAGGCCCCAGGCUUUAG